UGUUUUGAAGUUUGUUUAUAUCAGGUGCUAAUAACUGUAUAACUUGCGUAAUUCACGCAUUGUUGGUAAAACUUGACGUAAUUUCCAAUUUAAUAAAUCAACCUUUUUAAGUUAAAUCCAAAAAGUGUGUUUUGGGGUGAAAUUUUGAGUGUAGACAAACAUGAGAGGCAACUCCUAUCACGAUAGAGACAGAGACCGUGGACGCGACAGAGGACCGCGGUUUGGGUCCAGUCGUGGAGGUCCACCUCCUCCUCCCAAGAAGUUUGGAAAUCCUGGGGAACGGCUGAGAAAGAAGAAAUGGGACCUUGAUUCACUUCCUAAGUUUGAGAAAAACUUUUACAACGAGCACCCAGACAUCCAGCACAUGAGCCAGUAUGAGAUAGAGGAGUACCGCAGAAAGAAAGAGAUCACUAUUAGGGGCUCUGGCUGCCCAAAGCCAGUGCCAAACUUCUACCAGGCACAGUUUCCUCAGUAUGCAAUGGAUGUGCUGCUACAGCAAAAUUUUAAGGAGCCCACAGCCAUUCAGGCACAGGGAUUUCCACUGGCCCUUAGUGGCAGAGACAUGGUGGGCAUCGCACAGACCGGAUCUGGAAAAACACUUGCCUAUCUGCUUCCGGCCAUUGUGCACAUCAACCACCAGCCAUAUUUGGAGAGAGGAGAUGGUCCAAUUUGCCUGGUUCUAGCUCCCACUCGUGAACUGGCCCAGCAGGUUCAGCAGGUGGCAUACGACUAUGGCAAGUCCUCCCGAAUCAAGACCACCUGUGUGUAUGGCGGUGCCCCUAAAGGUCCACAAAUCAGAGACUUGGAGAGAGGUGUUGAGGUCUGCAUUGCCACCCCUGGUCGUCUGAUCGAUUUCUUAGAGGCAGGAAAGACAAACUUGCGGCGCUGCACUUAUUUGGUCUUGGAUGAGGCUGAUCGCAUGCUGGACAUGGGCUUCGAGCCACAGAUUCGCAAAAUUGUAGAUCAGAUUCGACCGGACCGACAGACACUGAUGUGGAGUGCUACUUGGCCUAAAGAGGUGCGUCAGCUAGCAGAAGACUUCCUUCGGGACUAUGUCCAGAUCAACAUUGGGGCCCUUGAGCUCAGUGCCAAUCAUAACAUCUUGCAGAUUGUGGAUGUCUGCAUGGAGAACGAAAAGGACAACAAGCUGAUUCAGCUGAUGGAGGAGAUUAUGGCUGAGAAAGAGAACAAGACCAUCAUUUUUGUGGAGACAAAAAAACGAUGUGAUGACCUCACUCGCAGGAUGAGGAGAGAUGGAUGGCCAGCAAUGUGCAUUCAUGGUGACAAAACUCAGCCAGAGAGAGACUGGGUUUUAGCAGAGUUUCGCAAUGGUAAAGCUCCCAUUUUGAUUGCUACUGACGUUGCCUCCCGUGGGCUGGAUGUGGAAGAUGUUAAAUUCGUCAUUAACUACGACUAUCCGAACUCCUCGGAGGACUAUGUGCACCGCAUUGGGCGUACCGCCCGUAGCACCAAUAAAGGCACAGCCUACACUUUCUUCACUCCCGGAAACAUGCGGCAGGCACGUGAUCUAGUACGGGUCCUGGAAGAGGCACGGCAGGCCAUGAACCCCAAACUUCUGCAGAUGGUUGACUCCGGACGAGGGUCAGGAGGUGGACGAAUGCGAUACCGUGGCUCCAGCUCCAACAACCCCAACCUAAUGUAUCAGGAGGAGUGUGACAGGCGCAUGCGCUCUGGAGGCAGCAGCAAUAACAAGGACAGCCGAGGCGGAGGCAGCAGCUAUGGGCGCUCAAACCGCGACGACAGAUCUUCCGCCUCUGCAUUUAGAGAUCGCAGUCGGGACAACCACAACAACUAUGGCUCUGGGGACCAGCACCAGGGCUACAACAACAGCAGCGGAGGGGGAGGGUACAACAUGAGAGUGGGUGGAGCACAGCCGGGUGCAGGCAGCAGUGGCCCAGGUGGGGUGCCUCAGAACCAGCCCGGUCCUCCUCCGGGCCAGUUUAAUCAGGGCCCUCCUCCCCCCUUGGCUCAGCCCGGGGUGGGACCUGGGCCACAGCCCCUAAUGGCUCAGCAGUUUCCUCCACCACCUCCACAGCCCAUGAUGGGGGGCUUUAUGGGCCCAGGGCCAUAUUCAUACGGCCCCCCUCCACCUCCCCCACAAAGGAAGUAAAUAGAAAUAAGAUGUGUAGUAUUGGUUGUUCAUCCUGCCUAUCUACUACCAGUGUAAACAGAGUGUAGUGUUUAGUGUUUUGUUUUCUUCUGUUCUGGCUGGCAGAGGCGGUCUGGCUUGACGUAUAUUUAAGGUCGACCAUUCAGUGAUUGUGGGGUAAGAGCCACACCUGUCACACCAUGGACAUGUAAGAAUAUGCUUGUUAGUGAUGGCAAACAAAACCAUGGCCAAUCAAAUUAUUUUGAUUCUUUUUUUUCCUGUGAUUUUUGCCAAGUGCCAAAAAUUGAGCCCAAUUAUGACAAAAAUAAGUUCUAUAUUAAUCUCAGAUUUCAUGGAGUGAAAUUUUCUAGAGCAUUCUUGCUUUUGCUUUUAGAAGGCAAAAUUCUACAAACUGACAUCAAGUGCUAUGAAGCUUUAUGGGCAGUUUUAUUUGUAAUAUGUGGUGCUAUAGCAUCUAGCUGCACAUAACUUAUGUUUCAGUUCAGAUUCAGUCUAGAAAAAAAGUCUAAAAUCACAUGAUGUGAGCCACCAGAAAUCUGUUGAUUCAAAUUUGGCAUCGUUUAUGUUUGUCCUCAUAGAUUAAAAUCUCAAGAUGUUUUGGUCUUUACUGAGAAUUUACUUUCUUAUAAUAUUAGCGCUUUAAUAAUGACUGCAGUUGUGGUUGAGCCGUGAUGGAGUUAUGAAAGCACAAAUUCUCCAUACUUGUGAUUCUAAACAAAAAAAAUCUGUUGUGAUAUUUAGUAUAUCAAGAUUUUAAUAUCACCCAGCCUUCCUUCCUGUACCCACCAAUAACUAAAUUUUAGUUUAGCUUCGUCCUUUUGUACGUUAAAAUGUUGCAGUGUUUGAGUAAACUCUUUAAUGCAUUAUCCUUUUGCUUUGUAGUGAUUCUCUAUUUUAAUCAGAACUCUUUUGCAAACUUUAUAUAGCAGAUGUAUCAGGAUUAAGCUUGUGUAUCUAGUUUUGACAGAUUUUCCUUUUCUCCUACAUCAGCCUGUUGUGUAGAUUGUUGUAUUUUAAGCAUGUUCUAGCUACAGAAAGAUGAAGAUCAUUGAUCAUUUUGAUGGCAUCCAUGUUUGUGAAUGUCAGUUACAUUGGUAAUCAACCUGAUUUGGGGUUUGUAUUUGUACAAUUUUAUUUUUAAUAAAGAAUUUGACUGAG